AUGGAUAAGUAUCCAUAUUUGGAUUCUGAAAUAAAUUCUGAUUUUAUAUCGGAGUUUUCUUAUUCUUUAAAAGAAGUGGGUGAGGGUGAUUACACAGAUCAAUUUUCCACUGCACACGCCGAUUUAAUUGAAUGGGUUCGAAAAAUUGCAUUUGAUCUUGGAUUUGUUGUCGUCAUUAUAAGAUCUGACACAACAACUGGUGAAGCUGGUAGAAAGACAUUUAUUUUGUUAGGCUGUGAAAGCAGCGGGAAGUAUAGGAAGUAUAAGCCAGAUGUUCAACCUAGUUUCUCUGGCACAAGAAAAUGUGAGUGUCUGUUUAGGUUGAGGGGUAAACCUAAAGGAGAUGGUUGGGUGUUAAAGGUUAUGUGUGGCUAUCACAACCAUGAAUUAGCAUAG